UCAAUUUUGAUCGACAAAAUAAAGCAAUAAGGAGUCAUCGUCUCUCCUCUUUUCCCAAACGCAAACCCUAGAAAGAGGAAAAGAGAAAAGAGUCUCCUUUGUGGAGAGCCGAGAGAGCGAAGAUGGUGUUCUACUUCAAAGCCCGACCAGAAGCCGGAGACUACACCAUCUUCAUGGGUCUUGACAAAUUCGAGAACGAAGAACUCAUCAAAUACGGGUUUCCGGAAGAUAUAUGGUUCCAUGUGGACAAAAUGUCUUCUGCCCAUGUUUAUCUAAGGAUGCGUAAAGGUCAAACAAUUGAUGACAUUUCUGAAGGACUUCUUGAAGAUUGUGUUCAACUUGUCAAAGCAAAUUCCAUCCAAGGAAAUAAAGUGAACAACAUUGAUGUUGUUUAUACACCUUGGCAAAACUUAAAGAAGACUCCAUCCAUGGAUGUAGGUCAAGUUGGCUUCCACAACAAUAAAGCUGUGCGCACUGUGAGGGUGGAGAAGCGAAUAAAUGAGGUAGUUAAUAGACUGAACAGGACAAAAGUGGAAAGAAAACCUGAUCUGAAAGCUGAGCGUGAAGCAGUUAAUGCUGCAGAAAGGGCAGAGAGGAAGCAGCAGCUGAGAGACAAAAAAAGGAGAGAGGAGAUGGAAAGGCUUGAAAAGGAGAGACAAGCGGAGGUGAGGAGCUACAAAAAUCUAAUGGUGGCUGACAAAAUGACUUCCAAUAAAGAGAUUGCAUCAACCCACAAGUCCUUACAAGAACUCGAAGAGGAUUUCAUACUUGUGGAUUUCAAGUGUUAUGAUUAUGAUGAUGAUGAUGCCCCGAGUCUCUUGGUUUUUGUGGAUGUUUAA